AUGAUGACCGAGGUUACUUUUGCAAAGAGUCAAUCCACACCUUGGUAUACCUUCAGCACAUCAGCAAACCGCCUGUGGCUAGUAGUUGUCCUGUGCGCCGUGGGAAUCGCCUCCGCCGGCAACCUCCUGCACGCAGCCGCUCCAGUGGCAUACAGUGCUCCAGUUUCUGCAGUUUCCUACUCAACCCAAACGGCACACGUGGCUCCCGCGGUCGCGACAUACGCGGCUGCCCCAGUUGUGGCUAAAACCUACGCCGCUCCAGCCGUGGCAUCCUACGCUGCUCCCGCCGUGGCUACUUAUGCUGCCGCUCCUGCCGUACAAACAUACGCUGCUCCUGCCGUACAAACAUACGCUGCUCCUGCCGUACACACAUACGCCGCUGCCCCAGUCGUUGCCAAGACUGUCGCUCCUGCGUACUCUUAUCAGUCUGUUCAGCGCUCUACUCCAGUGGCUUACGCUGCUCCAGUAGUCGCUAAGACCUACGCUGCGCCUGCUGUUGCCACCUACAGUGCUCCUGUCGUCGCUAAGACCCUCGCACCUGCCGUGUCUUACUCGUCGUAUGCUCACGCCGCGCCUGUAGCUUACGCUGCGGCACCUGCCGUGCCGACCUAUGCCGCCUCCCCUGUGGCCACAUACUCCGCUGCCCCUGUUUUGGCUAAAACCUACGCUGCUCCUGCCGUGGCGACCUAUGCUGCCGCUCCUGCAGUACACACAUACGCCGCACCCGCCGUCCAGGCCUAUGCCGCUGCUCCCGUUGUGACUAAGACCUACGCCGCCCCUGUCGCCACAUACGCCGCUCCUGCCGUCUCUCACGUCUCGUACUCCGGCCUAGGAGCUAGCUACGGCUGGUAAAUCAACGUUCUACACCCUUAUUUAUUUAAUAAUAGAUAACUGUACAAUGAAAUUGUAAAUAAUGAAACUAAGUCAACAUAAAUAAAAAAAUAUGUAAUAAAUUGUCUGCGUAUUUU